AUGUCUAAAAUUGUCCGAGUUGGUGCUGUCCAAUCUGAGCCUGUGUGGUUGGAUCUAGAGGGCAGUGUCGACAAGACGAUUUCUCUCAUUGAGAAAGCAGCCGCAGAUGGCGUCAAUGUCCUGGGAUUUCCAGAGGUCUGGAUUCCCGGGUAUCCAUGGAGCAUGUGGACAUCGGCGGUAAUUAACAAUUCGCAUAUCAUUCACGACUACAUGAACAAUUCCAUGAGGAAAGACUCGCCUCAGAUGAAGCGUAUUCAAGCCGCGGUCAAAAAAGCCGGCAUGGUGGUUGUGUUAGGGUAUAGUGAACGCGACGGAGCGAGCCUGUACAUGGCACAGUCUUUUAUUGAUCCUUCGGGUGAGAUUGUACACCACCGUCGAAAGAUCAAGCCGACGCACAUCGAGCGGACUAUCUGGGGGGAUGGACAGGCAGAAUCUCUCACUUGCGUUAUUGAUUCUCCCUUUGGAAAGGUCGGUGGAUUGAACUGCUGGGAGCAUCUGCAACCGCUACUGCGAUACUAUGAAUACUCCCAGGGAGUGCAGAUUCACGUAGCGAGCUGGCCCGCUGAAUUCGAAAUGCCGGAUCCCAAAAAGAUCGCUUGGCUGUAUCAUGAAACAGGAGAGGCGUCAUAUCGUGCGAGCCAAUUCUUCGCCAUUGAGGGUCAGGCUUUUGUGUUAGUUGCGUCGCAGAUCUUGACGGAGGAAAAUGUUGAAAAGAACAACCUGACGGGCAACCCGGUGACCAAAACCCCUGGUGGAGGUUUCUCCAUGAUCUUUGGACCGGAUGGGAAACCACUCUGUGAGCCUGUGGAUGCUGGAGCAGAGGCAAUUUUGACUGCUGAUAUUGAUCUGCGAGACAUCGAUAAGCCCAAGGCGUUCAUUGAUGUCGUAGGACACUAUGCUCGACCAGAUCUCUUGAGUUUAUUGGUCAAUCCUACUGUAGAUAAACACGUGACCACAAUGAAUAAAAAGUGA